UGUUCCAUCUUCAGUAUUUGACCGUAUGGUGCAGCACUAUCCAGGGAAAAACAAGAUCAUGAACGUGAGAACUUUCAACGUAAUCAACAACAGGUCAAAGUAUCAUUUUUGUAAAAUUUGUUUAAAGUUUUAUUCCUAAAAUUAUGUUGCGGUCUCCAAUAAGUCAAACCAUACAGCAAGUUAAUCGCAAUUUUUCAAAAAUGAAAUGUAAACGACUAGAAGGAAAAGUAGCUAUUGUUACAGCAUCAACAGAAGGUAUUGGUUUUGCAAUAGUAAAACGUUUAGCUGAAGAAGGUGCUAAAGUAAUGAUUAGCAGUCGCAAAGAAUCAAAUGUAAAAAAGGCUGUAGAACAACUUAAAUCUGAAGGUUUAAAUGUUUGUGGUACCGUAUGUCAUGUGGGAAAAAGUGAAGAUAGAAAAAAUCUUCUUAAAAACACUGAACAAGAAUUUGGUGGCUUAGAUAUUCUUGUAUCAAAUGCUGCCACAAAUCCAACACAAUCUACAUUUUUUGAAACUUCAGAGGAAGUAUGGGAUAAAAUUUUUGAUACUAAUGUUAAGAGUACAUUUCUUUUAUUACGAGAAGCCUUACCACUUUUAAGAAAGAGUAAAUCUGCAUCGAUAAUUCUUAUAUCUUCAAUAGCAGCAUAUGCACCAUUUAAUUUACUAGGUGCAUAUGGUGUUAGUAAAACUGCAUUGUUAGGAAUAAAUCAAGUAGCUGCUGCUACUCUUGCACCUGAAGGAAUUCGUGUCAAUUGCAUAGCACCUGGUAUCAUAAAGACUAAAUUUUCACGAGUGCUUUAUGAAGGUGAGACAGGAGAAGCUGUAUUAUCAACAAUACCAAUGCAAAGAUUUGGUGAACCAGAUGAUAUAGCAAACGUUGCUGCAUUUUUAGCAAGUGAUGAUGCUUCAUACAUUACUGGCGAAACUAUUACUGCUGCUGGUGGGAUGCGAAGUAGACUUUAAAUACUGUUUAUGAAAUUAUUAUAAAUUAUUAAAAUUAUAAUCUAUUUUAUUAAAUAUUCCAUAUAGAGUUUUGUAGUUUUAUCUAAGAUAUAUAUUUGUAUAUAUAUAGGAAGAUAUUGUUAUGAUAUGGUUUAACAAUAGAUUACAUUAACAUGUUACUAACAUGCAAUGGAAAACAUGAUUUUAUAUUUUAUAAGUAUGCGAUUUGCAUUAAUACGUACAGCGCUUAUACAAUAAAAAGCAAGAUUAUUCAUCCCAA